AUGAACAAGAAUCAGAUUCAAAAUGCUAAUGUUCGUAAACCAUCCAAUACAUAUUUAAAAACUGAAUUCAAUAAUACUUCAUAAAUCAAAGAUAAUAGAUUUACAACUGAACCAUCUCCUAAAAAAAAUAAUAAAGAGAAUAUUGUUAAAGCCUCAUAUCUUAAAGCCACUCUUUCGAAUCAUUUGAUUAAAUAAGAUAGAAAUAUUACACCAAAUAUACCAAAAAGCAGUGUAAUUAGUUUGUUUUUAAAAUAAUAAUAAGAGGAAUAAUAAGUUGAAUUAAAAGGAAAUAUUUGUUAAACCCAUAAAAAGAAAUAUAAAUAUGAAGCCAAUGAAUAAUUGAUGUGUAGUAGAUGUAUAGUUGAUUAUGCAAUAUAAUCUGGUUUACCAAUACGUUAUUAUGAAAUAGAUAAAAAAAUGUUGACAUUUGGUUAAGAAGAGGAUCACGAUGAAUUUUAACAAUUUACAUAAAAUACAUCUAAAGAACUUUAAUUUAUUUAGAAUAUAUAGACAUAGGCCAAUGGAAUAAUCAAAAAAAAAGAACUGAAAGACUUUGUUAUAAAAGUUGGUGAUGUUAUCAGUUAGAACAUGUAAUUUCUCAAAUUAAUCCAAUAACAUUAAAUUUAAUUUGAUAAUCCUAAAUAAAAAACAAAUAAAAUAUUAGAAGAACUCUAAGUAUUAAGUAAAUAAAUUAUUGAUGACAUUCUUGAUAAAUAAAAAGUAAAAUCUUAAAGUUUACUUAUGAAUGAUGCACCUUAAUAGAUUAAUUUAGCUAGCUUCAAAUCUGUUGUUUCUUAAUAGAUUAAUGAUUUAUAGAAUAUUAAAAAAGACAUUCUAGAAAAUGUUGAAAACAUCAUAACUUAAAUGGAUGUAGCUCCAUUUAAAAUCAUAAUCAAUAAAUAUAAUGAAAAAUUAAGAUCAUUUGAAAAUACUCUCUUUGAAAUUUAGGAAUAAUGUAUAUAGUAUUCUUAACAGUAGACAAAUCUUUUCCUAAAUAGAAUGAAGAAUAAGGGUACACAAAGAAAAUGAGAGAGUUAAAUUUUUAAAAGAAAUUAUAAAAGUUAUUUACAGAAUUAAUGGAAAAUCCUAUUCAAAAAUCCCUAUUAUUAGCGGAUUAGAGUAAAAAUAACACUAAUUUAAUAGUAAAUAACAAUACGAAAUUUAUCUAAUUAUUAUAAAAAGUGAAUACCAAUUAAAACACAAAUACAAUAUUCUAUUAAUCUAUUCUUAAAGUAUUAUAAAUUAAUUUAAAAUAGGAUAUCAAUUCAGAUGAAAAACCUAAAUAAAUUAAGCCAAAAUAAAAACAGCAUGAAUGA